UUCUAUUGUUAUUGUCACUUUCAAAGCUAACUGCACACACGCAUUAAAAUUGUCAAUAUAUUUUAUAUCAUCGAUAUAAAUCGUUAGAUGGCCCCCUAUAUUAAAGAACUCACAAUGUUAUGUCAUUACUCAAAGACGUGACGCACAUCUUAACUUAGUAUGCAACAAGCGCAUGCUGUGACUUAAAAAUAUUUUACAGUUUUUUCUCGUUUAAUUCCUUAAUUAUGCCUUCGUGAUAAUUUUGGAAGUGUAAAAACACAAGCCGCAACACGAAUAAAAUGAGAAAUUUGUUACUUUUCAUUCGUAAGUAUUUGCGAAACCAAUGACAAUUCCGUGACGCUUCAGGGCCCAUCUAACGAUCUACGAUCGAUGUUUUAUAUUAUAAAACAAAGUCCUCCACUACGUCUAUCAGUCCAUUUAUUCGGGAUAAACUCAAUACCGCUGAACCGAAUUUCGUGCGAUUUUUACCAAUAGAUGGAGUGAUUUAUGAGAAAGAUUUAAGUAUAAGUUUUAGUAAGAACUUGAGAUAGGUAUGUAGAUAACUGUUGUGUUGUAUCGGAAAGACUCUUUCAGAUAUAAUAAAAAAAACACAUGGUGGGCUAUACCAAAGUCGCAGACCUUUGCUAGUUGUAAAUAAAGUAAGGUAUAACAUUGCCUAAAGUGGUACCUACCAUAGAGUGAGUUGCUUCUCGGCAGUGUUAUACAAUAAACAUAAUUGAGCCGUGAUUGCUCAGUGGAUGAAGAUAGACCGUGAAUGGCUCAGAUUCCGGAGGGCGUAAGUCCGAAUCCGGUCCGGGGCAUGCGCCUCUAACUUUUCAACUAUGUGCAUUUUAAAAUGUACUGUGUAACUGUAAAAGUUCACACACGUAGAGACGUGUGUGAACUUUGCCAAUCCGCAUUGGGCCAGCGUGAUUGACUAUUGGCUUAACCCCUCUCAUUCUUAAAGAGACUCAGCAGUGAGUUUAAUAUGGGUUGAUAAUGAUGAUAAUAUUUCAUAAUAGAGGUGUGACUAAGCAACCUUACGCUAUUUUGUUGACAAUAAUUAUUGUGUGUGUGCUUUUAAUGUGUGCCAAUUGAUUUUACUGUGCAUAUUUUAAACAUUGCCAAUUUUUUGCGCAUGAUUUUUUCCUUAUUUUCGUACUUAAAGGUGGUUGUGUACCUACAUAAUAAUAAUACCUGUAUAUUUUUAAUAUUAAUUUAAGAUUUACUUAACACACCAAUUUUAUCACGAAAUGAUUAAUUUCUUAUUCUGAGUGACAAUAGCAGAUAUUUUCCUGUUCACUGUAAUCGAGCACGUUCGUUUUUAUUAACACGACCUUGGAAAGUGUGUGAACUUUGAGUGAGACCUAACUAUUCGCACUUGCAACACUACUAGGUCGAUGCACUUGUGUCGAUGAAGAAAACAAUUCAGAAGUUCUUAAAAGAAAUUGUUAAACGGAAUAAACCCAAGAUUAUUAUUCGAAGACAAGUUACUAAUUAUAACGAAAUCGGCAAUGAUUACGUAAACGAUUUGAAGCCGCUUCCAAAUAAAAGUAACAUUGAACUCGAAAAUUCUGAAAGCGAAUCAAAUGAAUCUGAGCAAGAUAGCUCAACUGAAGAAAGUUUGGAAAAUGAGGAGGAUAGAAAUCAAUCGAAUGGCGAUUCUAUUGAACUUGACAACGACGAUGGUGAUGAUGAUGAUGAUGAUGAUGAUUAUGACGAACCUCCAGGCGGAGGAGAUGGUCAGGGUGGUGGCAUCUUGGGUCUUCUUGCAGGGCUCAGUGGUGGUGAAGACGGACAAUCUGAUUUGGGAUCACUUCUAGCAACAAUAAGUGGUAUUGUAGCAAAUCUUAGCGGCGACGGUAUCGACCUCAAUGCUCUAAUUGCCUCUGGAAUUGGACUUUUUGUUGGUUUAUUGUCUGAAGGCGAAGAAAAUCCAGGAGAAAUAUUAGCUGGCUAUCUUUUGACAUCAUUAGAUACAAUCACUGGUGGCGGUGCGCAAAACAAUGGAGCCUUCUUUGGAAAAUUCCUAAGCAAAUUAAUAAAAGGCACGAGUGCUGGAGGUGAUCCCGAUGCAGAUUCAGAAGAAAAUAAUAUGGGAAUGAAAGAUUCAGCUGGAUUCUUCUUAAGUUUAAUAAUGGGUCUACUUGGAGACAUGUCAAAAAGCAGUUCAGGAUCGCAUCCCAUGAGAUGAUUGUGUUGAGAACGAACCAUUAUUAUCGUACUCGAAGCUAGAUAAUAUGAAAAUACCUAUAUAUUUUAUAUUAUACUUAUUUAAAUUAUACUA